UGUUCUCCAUCUCAUCGCAAAACAAUUCCCUCACUAUCUCAUUUCUGUCCUUCUUCUCUCGUACGUACUCCAUCGUUAUGGCUUCAUCACUUCUGACAUCUCCCGGAAUGAUCCCAACCACCGGAUCCGCCGUCGUUCUCCGGUCAGUGUUACCUUUUGGAUUUUCCUUGCCCUCUCUCCGCCUGACUCGUCCGUACAACAAGUCAUCCUUGUUUAUCUCAUGUUGCUCCCCUGUGUCCGAAAAGCCGGCGACUAGUGCUAUUGACCUCAAACCCGUCGUGGAACGGUGGCCGGAGUACAUACCGCAUAAGCUUCCGGAUAAGAACUAUGUGCGUGUAUUCGACACGACGCUCCGUGACGGCGAACAAGCUCCCGGUGGUGCCCUUACUCCACCGCAGAAGCUAGAGAUUGCCCGACAGCUCGCUAAACUCCGAGUAGACGUCAUGGAAGUUGGUUUCCCAGGAUCCUCUGAGGAAGAGUUCGAAACCGUCAGGACCAUCGCCAAGACCGUGGGGAACGAGGUGGAUGAGGAAACAGGUUACGUUCCAGUGAUAUGUGCCAUCGCAAGAAGCAAAGAAAGAGACAUCGAGGCGGCUUGGGAGGCUGUGAAGUACGCGAAGAGGCCGAAGAUACUCAUAUUCACAUCUACUAGUGACAUACACAUGAAAUAUAAGUUGAAAAAGACUAAAGAAGAAGUCAUCGAGAUGGCCGCGAGUAGUAUUAGGUUUGCUAAGAGCUUAGGCUUCAUUGACGUCCAACUUGGUUGCGAAGAUGGCGGCAGGUCGGAGAAGGAGUUUCUAUGCAAGAUUCUAGGAGAAGCGAUCAAAGCGGGUGCAACCGCGGUGAACGUGGCGGAUACGGUAGGGAUCAACAUGCCGGAAGAAUACGGAGAACUUGUGAGAUACCUCAAAGCAAACACUCCUGGGAUUGAUGAUAUUCUCUUCAGCGUUCAUUGUCACAACGACCUUGGUGUUGCUACCGCCAAUACAAUCGCCGGUGUAUGUGCGGGAGCACGACAAGUAGAAGUAACGGUCAAUGGAAUAGGUGAAAGAAGUGGAAAUGCACCGCUUGAAGAGGUCGUGAUGGCAUUGAAAUGUCGAGGAGCAUAUGUGAUGGAUGGUGUUUACACAAGAAUAGACACGCGCCAAAUUAUGGCUACUAGCAAGAUGGUCCAAGAAUAUACAGGCUUGUAUGUUCAGCCACAUAAGCCUAUAGUUGGAGCCAACUGUUUUGUUCAUGAGAGCGGCGUUCACCAGGAUGGAAUAUUGAAAAACCGGAGUACAUAUGAGAUUUUAUCACCAGAAGAUGUUGGGGUUGUAAAAUCUCAAAAUUCCGGCAUUGUUCUUGGAAAGCUUAGUGGACGCCAUGCUGUGAAAGAUCGGUUAAAAGAGUUGGGAUAUGAGCUCGAUGAUGAGAAAUUGAACGACAUCUUCUCACGAUUCAGGGAUUUAACAAAGCAGAAAAAGAGAAUCACGGAUGCUGAUCUCAAGGCAUUAGUAACUUGUGGUGAUGAAAUCUCGUCAGAGAUAUUAAACGGCGCCAACGGUAAAGAGACUAGCGGCUAUGUACCCGUCCCUCAGAUUUCCUCUGUGGUUUAAAUGAGUGAACAAGUUUAAUGUUUGUGCACCAAUGUAAUAUCAAGUACCAUUUGAUAUACAUUUGUUGUUGUAAUGAAUAAAAAUACCAUUACGAUGAAGUGUUUCCAUGUAUAAAAAAGUAUAAAAAGUGUUUGACAAUUGGAAUUAGUUAGUCUGAUCGGUGAUUUUUUCA